GUAGUUCCUGUCAAGAUGGCGGCGCCCAGCGGCGUCAGGUGCGGGCGAGUGUGGGUUUAGGGAUCGGCCGCGGCUGGAGGUGCUGGAGAUCCAGCGAAACCGCCCCGCCGGGACUCCCGGGACGCCUGCACCGUGAGCGCCUUCUCCAUCCCACAACGCACGCAUGGCGGACGAAGGCUCUGGAGGCGGCCGCCUCCCCCUGGCGCUGCCCCCGGCCUCGCAGGGCGGCUCCUCGGGCGGCGGCGGCGGCUCCUCGGCGGGCGGCGCGGGCAACUCCCGGCCCCCGCGGAACCUGCAAGGCCUGCUGCAGAUGGCCGUCACGGCGGGCUCCGAGGAGCCGGAGCCGCCUCCGGAGCCCAUGAGUGAGGAGAGGCGUCAGUGGCUGCAGGAGGCCAUGUCCGCCGCCUUCCGGGGCCAGCGGGAGGAGGUGGAGCAGAUGAAGAGUUGCCUGCGUGUGCUGUCCCAGCCCUUGCCCUCCUCGGCCGGCGAGGCUGAGCUGGCCACGGACCAGCAGGAGCGUGAGGGGGCCCUGGAGCUGCUUUCAGACCUGUGUGAAAACAUGGACAACGCCGCAGACUUCUGCCAGCUGUCGGGCAUGCACCUCCUGGUGGGCCGGUACCUGGAGGCGGGAGCGGCCGGGCUGCGGUGGCGUGCGGCACAGCUCAUCGGCACGUGCAGCCAGAAUGUGGCCGCCAUCCAGGAGCAGGUGCUGGGCCUCGGCGCCCUGCGCAAGCUGCUGCGGCUGCUCGACCGGGACGCCUGUGACACGGUGCGUGUCAAGGCCCUCUUCGCCAUCUCCUGCCUGGUGCGGGAGCAGGAGGCCGGGCUGCUUCAGUUUCUGCGUCUCGACGGCUUCUCUGUGCUGAUGCGGGCCAUGCAGCAACAGGUGCAGAAGCUCAAGGUCAAGUCAGCAUUCCUGCUGCAGAACCUGCUGGUGGGCCACCCCGAGCACAAAGGGACCCUGUGCUCCAUGGGGAUGGUCCAGCAGCUGGUGGCCCUUGUACGCACAGAGCAUAGCCCCUUCCAUGAGCAUGUGCUCGGAGCCCUGUGCAGCCUGGUGACAGACUUCCCCCAGGGGGUGCGUGAGUGCCGGGAGCCCGAGCUGGGCCUGGAGGAGCUGCUCCGCCACCGCUGCCAGCUGCUGCAGCAGCAUGAGGAAUACCAGGAGGAGCUGGAGUUCUGUGAAAAGCUGCUGCAGACCUGCUUCUCCAGCCCCACGGAUGACAGCAUGGACCGAUGAGGCUGCGGGUGACUCGGCCCCUUCGCCCUGACCUCGUGGCCCUCUCCGGAGCCGCUGCUGGGCCUGGCUGGUGCCUGGGUGCCAGGCGUGCCGGGGUUCUCCGUGUGGGUCCCUGGGAGAUCCCUGCCUUGCUCGCCCUCACACCCUUUCCCUUCUACUUCCUCCUCUGGGCGUGCAUGGAGAGCACAUGGGGGACCUGGGAGCUGUGGGACGAAUAAAGUGCUGCUCUUGACUGUGCA